AAGUAUUACCGUAUUUCAUAAGCUGAGUUAGCUGAACGGACAAAUUCUCUUUUUUCUCAACGGAUAACCAACCGAUCACCUGACCGAUCAGCUGACCAGUACGUGAAUCACAUCGUAGUUGAUCAGUCCCCACAGCGUUUGGAACGCUCACCAAGAAUUCAAGAAAAAAGACUGAAAAUAUUGUUUAUUCCAUCAACAUGCAAGGUGUAACAUCUACCAGUCUUAGACUGUUUGGUCGCAGCUGUCUGUUUCAGGCCUCAUGUAAACCAAGGAAUGACCUGUGGAGGAUGCUUCCCCAAAGCACUGCUUCUACUAGCUGCACUGAGUGUGUAACGUGCAGGCAUUUGCUUCACACAUGUACCAGAGGGACGGCCAGCAAGCAGACCACUACAUUCCCACGGCCGACUUCUUUCUCCCAGACCCAUUUCCCUCAACACAUUCAUAGGAGAGAAGCAAGUGGUAAGGGGAACAAGGCCCCUGGACGUGGGAGGAAGGGGCCCAUAACUUGGAAAUCCUUGGCAGUGGUGUUAGGUCUUGGUGGCGCAGCUUUAUAUGCUUUCAAAUCUGCGAAGGAGAAAAAAGAAUUGCAAAUUCAAAAGGAGAGGAACAAAGCUGUCGGCAAGGCUGCCAUAGGUGGACCCUUUGACCUGAUUGACACCACUGGCAAACCAAAGACAAAUAAGGACUACCUUGGACAAUGGAUUCUGCUGUAUUUCGGUUUCACUCACUGUCCUGACAUCUGCCCAGAUGAGCUGGAGAAAAUGAUUUUAGCUGUCAACAAAGUCAAUAGUAGUCCGAACUGUGACAAGGUUGUUCCAAUCUUCAUCUCCAUCGAUCCAGAGAGAGAUGACGUGGAAACCAUGGCAGCAUAUGUCAAAGAAUUUGACCCAAACCUCAUUGGAUUGACGGGAUCUAAGGAGAAGAUUGAUGAAGUAUCAAGAAACUUUAGAGUGUACUACAGCAUGGGACCAAAGGAUGAAGACAAUGACUACAUUGUGGAUCAUACAAUCAUCAUGUAUCUAUUAGGACCUGAUGGAAGCUUUAUUGACUACUAUGGACAGAACAAGUCUGACGAGCAGGUGGCGGGUGGCAUCGCUGCUCAGAUGAGAAAGUAUAAACAAAUACAAGCCGGAAAAUAACAUUGAAGGGAGUCAUAUUAUAUUUAUAUUAACCCCAACAUGCUCUGACAAAUAGUUGAGUGGCGGAUAAUAUGUCCAGGAUCAGAAACUCAGAAUAAAUUAAAAAACUUCUCAGAUAGUAAUUACCACUUGGGCUAAAACCACUUGGUCUAUUUUCAAGUUGGUCUAAUUACCAUUUGGUCUACACUGCACUUGAUCUUAUACCCAUUUAGUCUAAUUUUCACUUAUAUUUUUCCCUGAAUGAAAUGAAAAUUUUGUUUAAUAACAGUUCAGGUAAUCAUAUAGACUAAAGUAGCAUUAGACCAAGUGAAUAUGGACAAAAUUGGUGUAGCCUAACUGGAAAUGGUAAAUGGGAUAUAUGGCAAUUAGACUACAUGGUUAGUAGACGAACUAGUUGAAACAAAGUAGGAUCAGACGAUGUGGGAUGAGACAAAACGGAAAGUAGACGUAGUGGGAUUAGACCAAGUAGCAAUUCAUUUUUUGAAUGGGAUAGUGUUCACACAUAAGGAAACAACUUUCCUUCAUUAUGGAGCGCAUAUUUUUAUUUCCUGAAAAUCAUCCACCUACAAUUUUAAAAUAGUUUUGUUGCCAAGCGAAUAAGCAAAAAAAUAAUUAACCCCCCAAAAAAAUUCCAAUUUGGUUGGUUACCCCUCUAAACUUCACUUUUUUUAAGUCUAUUUGGACUGUUGCUCAUAAAUUGAAUGGCAUGAUAGGGGUUGCUAAUGGAUAUACUGUAUGUCUAUGGUUUUGUGUAUAAGUUUUUAUUUAUAGUUACUUAGAUUUUGAAGAAAAAAAUGUAUAAAAAGGAAAGUAGAUCAGGCUUCAUAUUGACAUCUAUCAAGAUUUCUUUUCUUUGUCACAAAAUGACACAAAUCUAUGAAAGAAAUCAACUCUUUAUUUUAAUUUACUUGAAUACUAAAAGUCUAAGGGCAGUAUUCUGAUAAUUAAAACCUAGAUUUAACACAGGCUAAUCAAGAAGUUUAGUCUGCACGUCUGGAUGCUGGAUUUCAUCUUACCUCUUCAAUAACCAUGACAAAGAUGAUGUCCCAAAUUAUUUAACAUAAUUAUGUACUAUAAUAAUUUUCUGCUCAUUUCAUAAUAAAACAAUUUUUAAUGUAGGAUUAAGACAAUUUGUACUUGAGGAAUGCAAUGGCAACUAGCAUUCCAUAGGUAAGUCUGGUCUAAGUUAACUUACAAUGUAGGUUUAGACCAGUGCUUUGAGAAUACCACCUGAUCAAUCGUUCUAGAAUCAUUGACCUCGCAUUGACGUAUGUGGUUUUUAUUCCAGUCAUUACAUCAUGCAUUAAAUGCAUAUUUUCCUGUUACUUGAAUUGAAUUACAUGUAUGUAAUUGAUUUAUAUAGCAAUGAUAACAAUCAAUGCCAAUUUUUUUUUACAAUCACAAAGAUGUACGUAAUAAUCAGGGUCCAUAGACUCUUUUUUUUUUUUCAAUAAUUGUUUAGACAAACAUAAAAUUGACCAUCUGAUUGCGAUUUUUUUCAUGGUCAGCCUCCACACUUUCAAACCAUUCCGCAGCUCAUGAUAAUUUGCCGGGACCUCUAAAGAGCAACUUGUGUUUCCUGUGAGGUGCUUUAUGAAGAAAGUUCUAUGUCCUAUCUUUGUAAAUUUCAAAAUAUUGAAAGGGGAAAAUAAAUUAAUUAAAUCGAGUUUAAUUGAAAAAUUCAAGAAUAAAAUAGGUUAUUGAGAAGUGUUGGAAGUUCAUCUUGUUCAACAAAUUCACAAACAUUUAUGCACUCCCAGGGUCUAGGUAAAUGUCAGUAUGAUUCCAUCUUAACUAUCUUAUCAUGAACAAUAAUACAAGUGAAUUGGCCUAAAAAUUUGAACCUCUUUGGACCACUAGUUGAUAUGGAAGAUGUAAAUAACACGUAAUGCAUAUUCUGGUCUGAUUUGGGGCAUCGUCUAGUUGUUACGACUCAUCUUUCAAUCAGAGGGACUUGGAUUCGAAUCCUAGCCAUGGUGUGUUUUCCUUCAGCAAGAAAUUUACCCACAUUUUUCUGCACUCAACCCAGGUGAGGUGAAUGGGUAACUAGCAGGAUUAAUUCCUUGAAUGCAAUCAGCAUUGAAAGUCAGCUCGAGCUAAAGCCGGGUUAAUAAUGAUAACAAUACGUCUCAGAGUAGAUUGUUUCUAAAUAGAUGGCGCUACAUAAAUGUCUAUUAUUAUUAAUAUAUUUUUGGAAUUAAGGCGAUUAUGUGACUUAUGGACAGUCAAUGUUUGCAGACUCUAGUGGAACAUCUUUGAUUUACUUGGGAUGGCUUGGGACUCAACAAAUAUAUAAAUCUUUUAAAAGUGUUUGUCUACAUCUAUGGCAAUGUUCUAAACAUUGGUAUAAAAAAAUUGUAUAUUAAUUUCUUUACACCUACUGGCUCUAAUUGUGGUUGCCACAGUAAAUAAUACAUUUUUGUCAUUUGUUUGUCACUAAACUACCAAAAUGUAUUGUACAAUCUGCUAACAGUCAAUAAGUUGAAUGUUUUUGUUUAAUCUUUGUAAUGCAAUCAUUUCUUUCAUUAUUUAAAGAACAUUAUGUUAUGUGGAUGAUUCUAUGAUUGAUAGAAAAAUAAAAUGCUGAACUAUGAUUAAGUUAAUUAAACUGAGUAUCAAACU